AAAGCAGCGCGUGCAAGCGAGAGCGGGACCCAGAACUGGUGGGGCAGCUGGAGCUGCAGGAGUUGGGAAGAGGAAGAGGUGGCCAUGGCCUCAUUGCCGACUCAGGGUCCCGGGGCCCCUGACUUGUUUUCUGGGCUGCUGCCGGCGGCUUCAACGCCGGCCAACCAGAGCUCCGAAGCCUUGGUGGGCAACGGGUCGGCGGCUGGUCCGGGCGCUCAGGCCAUCACGCCAUUCCAGAGCCUGCAGCUGGUGCAUCAGCUGAAGGGGGUGAUUGUGCUGCUCUACAGCAUCGUGGUGGUCGUGGGGCUGGUGGGCAACUGCCUGCUGGUGCUGGUGAUCGCACGGGUGCGUCGGCUGCACAACGUGACCAACUUCCUGAUCGGUAACCUGGCCUUGUCGGAUGUGCUCAUGUGCACCGCCUGCGUGCCGCUCACGCUGGCCUACGCUUUCGAGCCACGCGGCUGGGUGUUCGGCGGCGGCCUGUGCCACCUGGUCUUCUUCUUGCAGCCCGUCACCGUCUAUGUGUCUGUGUUCACGCUCACCACUAUCGCGGUAGACCGCUACGUCGUGCUGGUGCACCCUCUGCGCCGGCGCAUCUCGCUGCGCCUCAGCGCCUACGCGGUGCUGGCCAUCUGGGCGCUGUCCGCGGUGCUGGCGCUGCCGGCCGCCCUGCACACCUACCACGUCGAGCUCAAGCCACACCGCGUGCGCCUCUGCGAGGAGUUCUGGGGGUCCCAGGAGCGCCAACGCCAGCUCUACGCUUGGGGGCUGCUGCUCGUCACCUAUCUGCUCCCCCUGCUGGUCAUCCUCCUGUCUUACGUCCGGGUGUCGGUGAAGCUCCGCAACCGCGUGGUGCCGGGCUGCGUGACCCCGAGCCAAGCGGACUGGGAUCGCGCGCGCCGCCGCCGCACCUUCUGCCUGCUGGUGGUGGUGGUGGUGGUGUUCGCCGUCUGCUGGCUGCCCCUGCACGUCUUCAACCUGCUGCGGGAUCUCGACCCGCGCGCCAUAGACCCCUAUGCCUUCGGGUUAGUGCAGCUGCUGUGCCACUGGCUCGCCAUGAGCUCGGCCUGCUACAACCCCUUCAUCUACGCCUGGCUGCACGACAGCUUCCGCGAGGAGCUACGCAAGCUGUUGCUCACCUGGCCCCGCAAGAUCGCGCCGCGCGGCCAGAGCAUGACAGUCAGCGUGGUCAUCUGA